AUGUCUUACAUCCAUCGUCCUGGAGUCACCGUAAAUGGGGUUCGAAGAACCAGAGCUUUCCAUUACUUCCGGUGCCAAAAUUGCCACCGAAUAGCCCGGUUUGCUUCUAAUUACACACAUGAAAUAUAUUGUCCACAUUGUUUGGGUGAUCAACUUGGUCAUGAACUUGACAUAUCAAGGCCUAGGCUUGUCAAUCAACUCUCCGGUCUCGAACCCUCUCCGGCUGCUCAGUUGCUAGACGCGUCAGCUCAAGUGCUCGUCAAUCCAUCGAUAAGGCGUCGGAGGCCUUACCAAAGAACACAAUGGGAUGCAGAGAAUGCAAAUGCACCCUGGAUCACCCUCCAAUUUGGUGAGCCUAAUAGGGAACCUGGACAAGUUUUCGGUACAGGUGAAAAUGUGGCAUUUGAGGAUAUGUUAAAUGAAGUGCCUGAGCUUACACACAAUGAGCGACCUGGUCCGCCUCCUGCACCGGCCUCUGCCAUAGAAGCAUUGCCAACAGUGAGAAUCACACCACAACAUUUGAUCAACGAAACAAGUUGUCCAGUUUGUAAGGAAGAAUUUGAAGUAGGUGGUGAAGUGAGGGAGUUGCAAUGUAAGCAUUUGUACCAUUCGGAUUGCAUUGUCCCUUGGUUGAGCAUUCACAAUACUUGUCCAGUUUGUCGAUUCGAGCUUCGCGGUGAUGGUGAUGGUGAGGUGGGGAUUGGUUUAGACGAAGCAAUCGCGAAUAAUGUAAAUAGGUGGUGGAGUCAGUUGCUUUCGUCGAGCCCAGUUCGCGCAUUCUUCGACUGGAGGAAUCGAUACGUUGAUCAAUGGUUUGAUAACAGGAAUGUUGAAGCAACUUCACAGGGAGAUGUAUCGUGGUGGCGAUCUUGGCACAUCCUAUAGCAAGCACUGUGUUUCUUUACUCACCGCCGGUAAGUGCA